AUGAGCAGCGUUGUCGAGUCUCUGAUCAGCCGGGUGUUGGAGCUAGCCCGCGACACCCGCCAAUGCGAGACGCGCUCACACCAACCGCUGCUCGUGCUGCGGUAUCGCGCACUGCAGCUGGGGGAGGGUGGUUACGCCUUUGUCUACCUGGUGCGCGAGGUGCCCACGGCGCAGCAGCCGCUGGUAGACGAUGCCCCGCUGGCGCUGAAACGGAUCAACGCCGCCUCUGGCGACCGCCUGCAGCAGGCCAAGCGCGAGAUCGCCACCAUGCGCGCCCUCAGCCACCCAAACUGCCUGCCCCUGCUCGACCACGCCGUGUGCGCGGGCGGCGCGGGCGCUGCCGCGAGCGGCGGGGCCGGGGGCGGGGGGCGCACCCCCCACGAGGGUUGCACAGUGCUGCUGCUGUUCCCGGCUUUCGAGGAUGGCACCCUGUUUGACGAGCUGCAGCGGCUGGCGGCGGCGCGGCAACGGCUGGCGACGCAGGAUGUGCUGGAUGUGUUUGAGCAGGUGUGUGCGGGUGUUGCGCACAUGCACAGCCGCCGGAUAGCCCACCGCGACAUCAAGCCCCACAACAUCCUCGUAGUGCGGCCUGAAAACAACGUGCUGCGCAGCACAACCUCGGUUUUUGAUGAGGAGGAUCAUGCAGGGGCAUCGGAGGAUGACGAUGACGGGAUGGCAGACGCAGACGCAGCAGAGCGCGGCGAACCGCCGUCGGGCGCGCAGCUGCAGCUGGCGCCGCCCCAGGGGCGCCAGCAGCAGCAGCAGCAGCAGCAGCAACAGCAGCACCGCAAGCGGCGGCGGCGGCGGCGCUUCGGCGCGGUCCUCAUGGAUUUUGGUAGCGCUCGGCCGGCCGAGGUGCGCGUGACGAACCGGGUGGACGCGCUGGCGCUGCAGGAGGAUGCGGAGGCCCACUGCACCGCCACGUACCGCGCCCCUGAGCUGUUUGAUGUGGGCACGCACUCAACCUUGGACGCGCGCGUGGACGUCUGGAGCCUCGGCUGCACGCUGUUCCACAUGCUCUAUGGUGCGUCGCCCUUCCAAGAGGCCCUCGAUCGCGGCGCGAGCCUGCCUCUCGCAGUCAUGAACUGCCGCAUCCCCUGGCCCAAGCCGCCCGCCCCGCGGUACCCCCAGGAGCUGCAUGACCUCAUAACCCUCUGCCUAAACCCCGACCCCGAGCGCCGCCCGACAGCGGAGGCGCUGCUGCAGCGCGUGCGCGCGGCGCGGCGGCGGCGGCUGCCGAACGCGGCGCCGCAGGCGGCGGCGGGGCCCGCUGCGGCGGCGGCGGCUGCGCGGCGGCGGUAA